GGACCGCUCUGAAGGUCACUGGGCUUGAGUUUCUCAAGAGCCAGAACUCCCGCCUGCACCACACGGAUGCGUACAACAUCAAGAACCUGGUGGUGCGGCGCGGGCAGGCCUUUCAGCUCCAGCUCAGCUUCAGCAGGGAGUUGAAGGCUGCCGACAAGCUGGUACUGCAUUUUGGCAUCGGUGAAAAGCCAGUGAAAAACAGGGGGACCCUGAUAUCACUGAACCCGAGGCAGGAAAAGGAGGUCUUCAGCGGGUGGCAAAUCUCCUUCGUCAAAAACAGCGGCAAGGAGUGCCUGCUGUCUGUCACCAGCUCACCCAGAGCCCUGGUGGGAAAAUACACCCUGAACGUGAAGACUGGGACUAACAAUUACAAGCCCGAAAACAAUGAUAUCUACCUUUUGUUCAAUCCUUGGUGUGAAGCUGAUGCCGUCUUCCUGGCCAAUGAGGCACAGAGAAAGGAGUACGUGCUCAACGAUACAGGCUACGUCUAUGUUGGGUCUGCACACAGUAUAUAUGGUAGACCCUGGAAUUUUGGGCAGUUUGAGGAAUUAAUCUUGGAUGCCUGCAUGUAUCUGCUGGACAAAAGUAAACUCAAGAUAAACGAUAGAAGGGAUCCUGUGCUUGUGUCCAGAGCCAUGUCUGCUUUGGUUAAUGCCAACGAUGACAACGGUGUCCUGUUGGGAAACUGGUCAGGGAAUUAUGGAAAUGGGACCUCCCCUAUGGAUUGGAUUGGGAGUGUUGCAAUUUUGCAGAAGUUUUAUGAAACGAAGAAGCCAGUCCUUUAUGGUCAAUGUUGGGUCUUCUCAGGAGUCCUCACUACAGUCAUGCGCUGUUUGGGGAUCCCGUCCCGCUGUGUCAGUAACUUCAACUCGGCACACGAUACAGAGGAGAACCUGAGAGUUGAUGUCUACCUGAACGAACGUGGAGAAAAGCUGAACUGGAUGUCCCAUGACUCUGUCUGGAACUUCCAUGUGUGGAAUGAUGUCUGGAUGAAGCGGGUGGACCUGCCGACAGGGUUUGAUGGCUGGCAGGCAAUCGAUUCAACCCCUCAGGAGAAAAGUCAAGGUGUUUACCAGUGUGGUCCAUGCCCGCUGAAGGCUAUCCGAGAAGGGGAUGUAUAUUUGCCCUACGACAGCAAGUUUCUGUAUGCAGAAGUGAAUGCUGAUGAAGUCUACUGGCUUGUCAAGAAGGUGAAUGGCAAGGAUAGGUACAUCAGGAUUAGAACGGACACCCAAGGCAUCGGCAUGAACAUAAGCACAAAAGCCGUGGGGCAGAACAAGCGGGAAGACAUCACUGCACAGUACAAGUUCCCUGAAGGCUCCAGAGAGGAAAGGGAGGCCAUGGAGAAAGCUUCCUCCUUCAUAUACACUUCAGGAAUAACACCUCGUGCAUUAUUCACUCCGUCUGUGCGCACGGUUGAAGAGGGUGCCGGUCCUGGGGUCCUGCCUGAGGCGGUCUCCAAGACUGGGCUCCAGCUUGAGAUAACCAAUAAAGCAGCUUUGUAUCCUGGCAAUCCCCUUGAACUGGCCAUCACAGUGAAGACCUGUACUCCAGGAACCUGGACCAUCGAUCUUGCCAGCUCCUGCCAGCUGCAGUCCUAUACUGGGAAAGUUGAGGCUAGCCUUGGAUAUGUCAAGGAGACUGUCAAGCUUGAAGGCAAAUCUGAAACACAGGUUGCUCUGAAAAUCGCGGCUGAUGCAUACAUGAAGACACUGGCCUUGGUGGAAGAUGAAGUGCUCAUCCACAUCACCACCAUUGCUGAGGUCCAGGGGACGGAUGACAAACUCACCAAGGAGAUGACGAUGAACUUUGAGUACCCCCCCAUCACCAUCCAGAUGCCAGAAAUGGCCAAACUGAACAAGGAGUUUGCCUGUGCCUUAAUCUUCAAGAACGACCUGAAUGUGCCCCUGGACAACUGCAAGCUGCUGGUGGAGGGCUUGGGCAUAUUUAACACGACAGAGUUUGAUGAGGGGGAUGUAAAGCCUGGUAGAAUCAUUAAGUCUGAAAUAAUAUGCACUCCGACAAGAGUAGGAGAGAAGAAAAUGGUAGCCAAGCUGAUCUCAACCCAGAUCAAAGGGAUCUGUGCAGAGAAGGCCAUCACCAUCACCGAGUAG